AAAAAAACCGCUCUUUAUUUCCCACUACUACAUGAACUCCUCCAAUUUCCAAACACAAACAGAACUAAUCGAUUAACUCCUCCCUCUGCUUCCCCUCUUUCGAUUCCUUUGCAAUAGUUGUUUUGAUUUUCAAGUAGAUUAGAUUAUGGAUUGAGGAUGUAUAAAAGUCUGGAAGAAAAUUUUCUAAGUCCUAUUUUUGUGCAAAAAAGUGGAUGAGUUUAUAGAGUUUGCUUGUUCAAAUGCUGAGUUACAAAGUAAUGGGAGCAUCCACGAAUGAUUGACAUUGGAGGUAAUCCAGACGCACUUGAUAGAUUGGAUCCAAAUGGUUUGUGGUUUGAUAAUGAUCAUAAAGUGUCCAAUCGUGUUACUGAAUCUGUUAAGAAAUUCUACAAUGGCCCAUGGACUUCAUUCUCUAAUUUUUCAGCGUGUUCACCGGGAAUAUGGUUCAGAAACUUCAGGCAUUAUUACCGAUGGGAUCCUUUGAUAUCACAAGAAGUGAGGAGUGCUUUUGUUCUAUUUAGAGAGGAAGCUGCAAAUAACAAAGCUAACCUCAUACUCUUCUUGGCUGACAAUGAGCCUUCUACUUCUCUCAGCUGGUGUCCUGGGUAAGAAAGUUCAUAGUAAGGAAUGUCACAGCAGCAGCUCGGGACAGUUCGAGCUAUGACGUUCUUGGCUUAAUACUUCGUAAUUGAUUUUCAUUUAUCCCAUGUUAUAUAACCAAAGACAACUCUGUGUAAAGAAGAGAUUCAUCUCUUUUUCAAUUACAUUUAUCUCAUGUUAUAUAAUCAAAGACAACUCUGUGUAAAGAAGAGAUUCAUCUCUUUUCUGUAACCCAUGUCGAAGAGAUUCAUCUCUUUUCUGUA